AUGUUUAAAGAACGAGAACUUACUAAAGUAGAGAUAGAAAAAAUCAUUGAUUUAUCUAUUAAAGCUAAAGAUUAUGCCUAUUGUCCUUAUUCGAAAUUCCGAGUUGGUGCUGCACUUCUUGAUGAGAAAGGGAAUUGGUAUACCGGCGUGAAUAUUGAGAAUGCUUCUUAUGGUGGUGUGAUCUGUGCAGAACGCACCGCAUUUGUGAAAGCAAUUAGCGAAGGUCAAAAGAAUUUCGUUGCCCUCGGCGUAUCCACGGAUGUCAACGAAUUCACAAGACCUUGUGGCAUAUGCCGCCAAUUUAUGAUUGAAUUUGGUGAACAUCUUCCAAUUUAUCUCAUUCAACCUGAUAGAUCUUAUCUUAAAGUUAUACUUAAAGAUUUAUUACCAGAUCAUUUUAAACUUGACAUAUAA